UACUCAACGGUUCAAUCACUUUCGUGAGUCGAUCGAAGAAUGGCGGCCGCGUAUCUUCUAGUUUUGUUUAUCUUUGGGCUGGUUCAGAGUGAACCUCUCCAAAGAGAUAACGACCCCGCUAUCAUUGAGGACUUGCGAAUGGGUAACGGCGGCCGCAUUGUGGCCGGCUGGGAAGCCAAAGACGGCCAGAUCCCGCAUCAGAUCAGCCUCCGCAUGGUCAGCGUCCUCGGCGCCGUGUCCUCCUGCGGGGGCUCUAUCAUACACCAUGAGUGGGUCAUCACUGCCGCCCACUGCGUGGCCAACCGUCUAACCUUCGUGGUCCGCCUAGGCCUGACCAACCUCACCCGCCCAGAGUACAUCGUGGAGACGUCCCGCAAAUUCAUCCACCCUAAAUACCAUGAAAUCUGGGCAGGGGUACAGACAGAUGAUAUUGCUCUGUUGGGCCUUGAGCAGAGCAUCCCUUACGGAGAAUUCAUCCAGCCCUGCCGCCUGCAGAACAGCGAGAAAAAGAACAACGUAUACACCGGAGUAGUCUUGACCGUCAGCGGCUACGGCAGGACUGAAGAUCCCAUCAACGGUGGCGUAGCCUCCGAGGUCCUACGCUGGGUGCACCUGCGAGGCAUUUCCAACGAGGAGUGUAAGCAGUGGUACAGCACCAGCACCGUCGUCCAGGACGAGACCAUCUGCGCUGAAUACUAUAACGACACAGCACAGUCAUCUUGCCAGGGUGACAGCGGCGGUCCCCUAACGGAAGUGGACUUGGAUGGCAAGCCGACCAUGGUGGGCAUCGUUAGCUUCGGUUCCUCGGCCGGCUGCAACAGCCCCUUCCCCUCUGCGUACGUUCGUCCCGGGCACUACCACGACUGGUUCCUGGAGAUAACUGGCAUCAACUUCGACUGGUCCAGCGAAGACCUGGAGACUUCAUACAAACACAUACAACCCGUUGAAGGCCUUGAAAUCUAGAUUUAUUUGAC